UUCUCGUCCUCCUUUCUCACCUCUCGAAGCCAGAAUUACCAUCAUGGAAAAACAAACUUCGUCUCCACUCAUCGUAAAACUAUCCGUCGAGUUAAAGCAGAUGAUACUAUCCAACUUACCCGAUGUCCUGUCUUUGCGAUCGGCAGCCUUGUCUUGCCGUGCACUUUACGACGCCCUCCUCAGCGCCGAAACCAUCAUUACCACGCGCGUGUUGCUGAACCAGGUGGAUUUUGACGUGCUCCCCGAAGCCAAUAUCACACAGGAGGCCUUCCGCUUGGAGCCUUGUACCGAGGAAGGUAUCCAGAACUUUAUCGAAAGACGUCUUCACAAAAGACAACCACCGCCAGGAUCAUGGAGACUCCGCGAUGCGGUUCCUAUGGCGAAGUUGCAUGCCUGCGUAGGCGAACUGGCAUCGCAGUUCAUAGCCACUGCCGCAACGAAAUCACCCGUGUGGGGGACUAGGCCCGCAACGCGCGCCGAAGUAUCUCGCAUUGAACGGGCCAUGUAUUGGUUCGAAACCUUCUGCAACCUGUUCCGCGGCUUUGAGAAAUCGAAUCCCAGACUUCUAAAACAGCUUUGGAGUGUUUAUUUUCUGAACUUUUCUCCUUGGGAAAAUGAGCAACUAGCCUGCGUUCAUGACUACCUUGUUCAAGCCGUCUACCCUGCAUUCAACGAUAUUGCAGAGCACGAUAUAGCCUGGGGCGAAUUUAGAGUUGAGUACGGCGAUCAGAGAGACUCCAUAUUUAUUCAAUACAUUCUCUCACUGGGAUUACAAAUGAUACGAAAAAUUUCGAAGGCCAAAACAUAUGAGGCACGAUAGGAGCUCCUAUAUUCGGGCUACCAUCCUGAAUUUAGAGAUUAUUUCCUUUAUGAAGCACUAAACUGUGCGAAUAGGCGAGACGAUGGCAUUUUUCUCUCUGGCUUCACCUCAACCGAUGAGCAAACUCACAU